AUGACCGAAACCAAGGAAUCCUCAAGGCAGGCCCGUCUACGGGUUCUGUGUCUCCACUCUUUUCGCACCAGUGGAGCCAUCUUCCAGCAGCAAACGUUUAUAGAUGGGCCGCACCCUGCAAGUGGACCUAUUCCCCGUGACGUACGGCCGUACUUUGGAGGACCGUACUAUGAGUGGUUCACUGUGGAGUCUGUGGGCGAUCGAUUGGAGUUCGACGAAGUGAAGAUGCAGGCCUCGGAGCGCUUCCUGACGGCGCAGUUGGCCCUGCGAGGGCCCUUUGAUGGUGUGAUGGGCUUCUCCCAGGGCGCCGCCAUGUCGGCAGCCCUGGUAGCGCUCCAGAGGUCAGGAGUUCGACCCGAGCUCUCCGCAGUGGCGCCGCUGCGCUUCUGCAUUCUCUUUGCUGGGAUUAAGAGCCGUCACCCGGACCAUGUGGCGGCAUUCGAAGAACUAUCGGGCAAGGUGCCCUGCCCCUCACUGCACGUGUACGGCGACAAGGACGCGCUGAAAAACCCACAUUGUGUUGAGCUGGCGGACGCUUUUCAGAACGCAACUGUGCUGCUGCAUCAAAGAGGCCACGUCAUACCAGCGCUCCAGGGGGCCCAACUGGCCGUGGCGAGGGCCUUCAUUCAGGCGGCAGCAGCGGCGACGGCUCCGGAACCGGCCUCUAGGAGCGUCUCCACGCCGCCAUCGCCCCAUCUGCUCUCAGUACAGCCGCAGGGGAAUGAGCAACAGCAGCAACAGCAGCAGCAACAGCAGCAGCAACAGCAGCAGCAACAGCAGCAGCAACAGCAGCAGCAACAGCGACUGCUGCGCCAACCGACAGCUGCUGCGAUGACGGCAGUAGCUACGUCAAAAGCAGGGGCUGGAAGGGACAUCCCUGCUCAGCACUUCGCUACAGCUAGGGAGGUGUCUGACUACUCUGUGUUGGUUCGUGCCACUCCGCAGCCACUCCAUCCGGGGAUGGCGCUGCAGUGAAAACACCACGAAGGGCUCUCAGGUCCCGCUAGAGCGAGUCCACAAGUCUCAGCUAGGGCAAAGUCAAAGGCUCUCUGAAACAACCCCCAAAAAACACCACCAACGACAACGGGAUUCCAAGGGAAAAAAAACAGAAAAUAAAAAUACGGUUAGGGCAGUCCCGGCAGGGGAGGGCUCCUGAUACAUCUAACAAGCCAAAAAAGAAAAACCUCCAAGAAAGAAUGGCUAAGAGAGCUCGACACCACAAGACGUCUUGCAGCCACCUUACAACAACUGACCCCCUCUACCUGUCCCUUCCUGGGCUGGUCCAGGGGAGAAGUAGCCAUAUAAAGAAAAGGGAUCCCGCACAAGCCUGAACACCACUGCCGGGGCCCGGGAUAGACCGGCGAAACCACAAAAGCGAUAGCGUUGCCACGACACACAGCUCCUAGACCCUCCAGAAAACCGCAGGGGGAGGAUUGUAGCCCGCGCGGCGCCUCCCCCUUACCGUCACUAACCUGAACGGUUG